CAUCUUGCCCAACCAGAAUUUAAUGCUCUGCAUAUACAAAACCACAUCUUACCCAAUUUCCCUCUCUAUAUAAGAGCGCACACACACAUAUAUAUAUAUAUACACACACACACAUCAUCUGUUGGAUUUGGCGAAUAGUAACGAUACAGCAUGAAGCUUCAUCUUCUUCCUCAUUAUCGCCAGUUCAUGGCAUCGACAUAUCUCAGAUCAAUCAAAAGGGUCUCUUCUUUCUGUACUUCUUCAUCUGCACCGAAAUGGGAAGGUUGGGUUUCUAUGGUGCAAGGAGCUUCCAGAGGAAUAGGCCUUGAAUUUGUUAAGCAAUUGCUGGAGAAAAAUGAGAAUGGGCAUGUCAUUGCAACGUGCCGCAAUCCUGAUGGGGCAACAGGGCUUCUUGAACUAAAAGAUAAGUUUGCUGAACGCCUUAACAUUCAACAGCUGGACCUGACCGUUGAAAAAACCAUAAAGGCAUGUGCUAAAUCGUUAACAGAGACAUAUGGCUCUUUAAACCUUCUUAUUAAUGCUUCUGGCAUCCUUUCAAUACCUGAUGUCUUACAACCAGAAACAACCCUGAGCAAGAUUGAGAAGUCAUCGUUGUUGCUUGCUUAUGAGGUUAAUGCAGUGGGUCCUAUUUUAGUGACGAAGCAGCACAUGUGGCCUUUAUUGAAGGCUGGAGGAGGCUCUGGGACUGAAAAGGAUGUUGCCAUCGUGGCCAACUUAAGUGCCAGGGUGGGAUCCAUUGGGGACAAUCGUUUAGGGGGUUGGCAUUCAUAUCGAUCUUCUAAGGCUGCUCUUAAUCAGUUAACAAAAACUGUGUCAUUGGAAUUUGCAAGAAGGAAGGAUCCGAUUAUAUGCCUCUUAUUGCACCCGGGCACAGUGGACACAGAUCUCUCUAGGCCUUUUCAGAAAAAUGUUCCCGAAAGCAAGCUUUUCACCAAAGAGUUCUCAGUACAGAAGCUCUUAAGCAUCAUCAACAAUGCUAAGAGGCAUGAUAAUGGCAAGUUUUUUGCCUGGGACGGCCAGGAAAUUCCUUGGUAAUCUGUCGCGUUAUUUUGAACAAAUUUCUUGGUCAAGUUUUUCAAAAUAUCCUGGUCUUUGCAUGCAUACGGUCAUGAAAGACACUGUUAAUCAAACUGUUUAACCAUUCUGGUUAGAGAAGGUACAUAUUAAUUAACUACUGUUCAUCUAUAUUUCUUCUGAUGUAAAUUUAAUUGUUUUAUUGGAAGCACACAUGUUCAGUAAACGAGUAGAAUAUUUUUUGAUUGCUUUUA